UUGGACCAGACUGGACUUCCCAUGCUGUGAGCUCUGGAAACACACUACUGUGAGGGAGACAGCCUACUGCGUAUUGCAAGCACAAACAGCAUGGGGGACUUCCAGCCCUUCGAGCAGGACUUCUACCAGUCAGGAUACUACAUCGAUGACCAGGGUCACACUGUGGCCUACUAUGAGACCCACAAUUCUGCAGACCCUGAUUAUGACAACACUGGAGCUCUUGACCCCUCCAUGGAGCAGCAGUACACUGGACAGUACUACCAACCUGAAAUGACUUCUGGGGAGGGCACAGAAGCAUAUUCGCCUGAAGAGGAGCCGUCCCUUCUUGAGGAACUUGGCAUCAAUUUCGACCACAUCUGGCAGAAGACCCUGACGGUGUUGAACCCCUUUAAGCCUGCAGAUGGCAGCAUCAUGAACGAGACUGAUCUGACGGGUCCCGUCCUCUUCUGUGUGGCACUGGGGGUCACUUUAAUGAUGGCAGGUAAAGCCCACUUUGGGUAUGUGUACGGGCUCAGCGCCACAGCCUGCAUUGGGAUGUACGUCCUGCUGAGUCUCAUGAGCUCCCUGGCGGUGUCUUAUGGCUGUGUGGCCAGCGUCCUGGGGUACUGCCUGCUGCCCAUGGUGGGGGUCUCUGCAGUCGCCGUCUUCUGCUCUUUACAAGGCUACCUGGGAACAGUUCUGGCCGUGCUUGGGAUUUCUUGGUGUAGUCUCUCUGCCUCCAAGAUCUUCAUCUCCACCCUGGCUAUGGAGGGCCAGCAGCUGUUGGUGGCGUACCCGUGUGCCCUGCUCUACGGGCUCUUUGCACUGCUCACUGUCUUCUAAUAUUCAACAGAUUGAAUCCAGAGAACAUUCUUUAAUAAUAAGCAACAAUUCGUGCUAACAAAGUAAAAGGAGUUUCAGCCCUUCGUAUAUGUGUAUGAAUAUGUACUCAGGAGUAUUCACAGUAAAGGGAAUUGGGUGGAUGAUACCAUAACACACACCUAAAUGCUUUUAUUUCAUCAAUGUUUUUUUUAUUAUUUGAAGAAGCUAUCCUUAAUACUUUCAUGGUAUAUUUCUCAAACUAAAAUAAUACCAAAGUGACUUGUAUGUUAAUGAUUCUGUUCAAUAAAUAUGUAUGUAGAAAGUG